AUGUGGUUGAUCGACUCAUCUGACGCGCCGAUGCCUUCACCUCGCUCGGGCCUAUCUCGCCCUGCAGGCGGUAUCGCCUUGAAGCCAUUCCUGAGUAAAAUGCUGGAAUCGCAGAUAUCCCAUCACCAGCGAUUGAGUAGAAUUGGACAGUGCCAUAAUGAAAAGAAUGCACGACCUUCCGGCUCCAAAACUCGGAGCGAAGUGAACCAUCGGCCGACUAAAUCGGUCGGUGUGCGCGCUUGCAAGGAGCUCCAUACUGAUAUAGCAGUCGGCCGAUAG